CUCUCUUUAGACCUUGCACCGUCGCCGUCCACUCAUUUCUCCGGCUUCAGGACCGCUUGGCCGCGUUUCCUGCAUUUAUUUUUCCUCUACAGGAUCAUCACACAGGCCGUCGGGUGACCUUAUUCCUUGAUGGUCUCGCAGCUCACUUCCGACAACGAACGACGGCUACACACGCGAACUUUCUUCCAUAGACACGACCCGAUGGGUUGCAGAGAUGCUCUGGUCUCUGCAUGUCAUUAGCAACGCCUUCGAUGUGUCCUCACGAAUUUGGUGACAAUCGUCUACGCGAUGAACGACAGGUACGGGGCAUUGUGCACCUUGACGCACCAGAGGCCCUAAUGAGGAUGGUGGCACGCACGAACCAGCAAUCGACUUCUCCAAACGGGUUCCAACUGUCCAUCCACGGCAGCAUCGAUAUGCCCACUAUAUGCCGUGACAACUCAUGCAUCCGCGGGCGAUGAUCGGGCUCUGCGAUCGUAGUGCCAUCAUGCAAAGACAAUCGCAGAAGCAGGAGGCACUUCGACGGCACAUGGUCGACACAAUUAGCUUUGUCUAAAACAUCCGUGACGGUAUUGAUGCAGCGCGUUGCCUAGAUGAAUCCCGAAGAAGCUCGCAAGGAGGAAGAAGUGGUCCGCAGCCUAACAGGCGAUGGUUCCGAGUCGUAACAGCAGUCUGUCUCGGUCCAAUCAAUAGGUUGUGACGUCAUGACGCGGAUACGACGCUAUCCACGAUUCGGACUACCUUCUCGGCUACGACAUCCAUCAUCUCCAAAAGCUCAGAAGAAGG